GCCAUUUGUUAAGUCAUAAAGGGCUUGUGAUGUGUAAUGCAGGCUGCUGAAAUAGAUUGCUCCAGCCUUCGUGAGUAAAGGUUGGAGAAGAUACAAGAUGUAACAUGAUAAUUGGAAUUUAAAGGAUCAUUAGAAGAAAGCCAAGAAAGUUUUUUAUAAAAGUCACCAGAAACAGGUUGAAGAGGGAAAAAAGAAGAAGCAUCAACAUAAUGAAAUGGAAACACCGGAGGAAGAAAGUGGUGAUAAAUUAAAUGAAGAUAAAAUGUUUGGCAAAGUUAAUGAACUGGUAUUUUCUAUAAAGAAUAAUCAAUGUGGUAAAAAUGAGGAGAAUAAAAUCCCUGGGGAAGAAAUUCCAAAAAUGAGCAUUUCUUCUUCCAAGGAAAGUUCAGCAACUGUGCACCAUUGUUUAAAGGGGUUUACAUGGAAACAGGAAGAAAAGCAAUCAAAUGCAAGCAUAUUAUUUAAAAAAAUCAAAGAACAAUUAAGAAGAAAAGAAAAAUUAUAUAGCAAAGAAUUGGAGAUAAAACAGCCACUUGGACCUACUCUACAAUCUCAGUCCAGAGAAAUAAGAACAAUAAGAAAUAAUUUGAAACAGGUUGAAGAAGAACGAAAUGGCACACAAAGUCAGAAUGCCAGAGAUUUGCCAGAUAGGCUUCUGAAUAACCACCUAUGGAAGCAGAAGGAAAUAGAAGCAACUACUUCUAAAGUGAAUCAGAGUUCUGAGCUUUUUGAUCAUCAUGAAAAAGAUCUGCUGUCAAAAAACCAUAACCUCCAGCAUGAAAUUGCCAUGCUCAAACUGGAACUAGACACCGUAAAAAUCCAGGCUCAGGAAAAAGAAAGUAGAUACACCAAAGAAAAUGAAGUUUUAAAAGAAAAGAAUGAUGAGCUUCUAAAUAAAUUAAAACUGAAUGAGGAGACAUUAACAAAAAUUCAGUAUGAGUACAACAAACAGCUUAAUGUUUUGAUGAUUAAGAAUGGAAAGCUGAAGUCUAAAUUGGAGAAUGAAAAGCAAAAUAGAGACAGAGUAGGAAAAGACAUCGAAUCAUGCCUCUGCUGCCUGACUUCUGCUAUUAGUGAUCAUGAACAAAGUCAAAUAUCAAAACAAAACCCUGAAUAUUCUUUUCAGCAAGAACCAGAUGAAUGGAUUCCUUUAAAGGAUAAAGUAAAUUGUGACUUGUCUAUGCUAAGAGAUAACAAUGAUUUCUUUUAUCAACAGCUUUUUCAAGCUGAAAGUAAAGCUAACAAUUUAGAAAAUGAGCUACACUGUUUGCAAGAUUCCCUCACUGAAAAAGCAUUGAUUUUAGAAAGCACACAGAGAGACCUAAACCAGGUGAAAUAUCAAGUAAAGGAACUUGAACUCAUAAAUAAAAUUAUAAAUGAAAAACUGCACAAAUACAUGUCCAAAAAAGAAGACCUGCGACAAAGAAUAGACCAAGUCCAGAAUGAAAAUAUGUUGCUUCAACAACAGCUAGAAAAUGCCCCAAAGAUAGUCAUCGUUAAAAAACAGUUAGUAAGGAAUAUCCAUGUACACUUUGGUGAUCCCUUUGAUAAACUUCAUGCUGACAGAGAAAAACAAGUUCUUAUGGCAGAAGAGAGAAAUAAAGAGUUAAUCAAUGAAUAUAAUCACUUAAGAGAGCAAAUAUGUAAAUAUGAAAAGGAGAAAACAGAAAAUGAGGGUACAAUAAGAGAGCUUCAACAAGAACUUGCUGAUUGCCUGAAUAAACAAUCCAUGUUCGAAGCUUCGCUAAAGGUUUUUUCUCAUUAUGGAAAUGAUUUGGAAGAUAAGAAACAACUGCAGAAGGAAGUAGAUCAAAUCGAAAGUAAACUGCAAGAAUCUGAAGAACAGAACAUACAAUCAAACCAAUCCACAAAUGAGUUAGAAGAUCAUAUGCAAAAAAUCUGCUACACCCUGCCCCGAGUUCAUCCUACCUCCCUGCGUGGCUGGAUAUUAUGUGGACACUCCAAACAGAGGUCACAGGUGAAGAGCCCUAGGAACAUGACCAGAACGAAAGGCUACAAGUCUGUGUCAAGAGUGAGAAUAAAUGUGUGGCUUUUUACACUCUGUGAAAUUACCAUCAAGGUUGUCAUAGAAGGCUUCCACAGCAUCCAGAAGACACUUGCUAAAUUGUACACUCUGUUUUCAUGGCACUCUGUCAAGUCACUUCUGAUUCCUCAACCCUGUAAGUAAGGGUUCUGAUAUGUUUUGGGCUCAAAAGUACCUUUAUAAGGGAUCUGAUCUCAAGGCUUGAGGUCUUCUAGUCCUAAACCCGAGGUCAGAGUUGUGAAACUGGAGCCCUUUCUCAAGAAAUGUAUGUCUCAGGUAAUAAAUUUUCACCACAAAAUUCA